AUGACCAACAUCUUGAACUACCUGAAGAUGAGCAUGGAGAAGGUGGGGUAUUGCCCACCACUACGAUUUCGAGCGUUCCAUCGAGAGCGAACCUUCGAGGUGCAAGAGGAUUCGGUUAGCCGAAGUCGUGCGAUCCUUUGUCAUGCGAAGAACACCAAGGAGGUGUACUACCAGUUCACGGAUCAGGGUGAGGCUGCUGCUGUCGAGUCCCCUCCCGAAGCUGUUGCUACUCCCGCACCAGCAGCUGUGCCCGUUACUGUCCCUGCUGCUCCGGUCUCGGCUUGCCCGUUAGGGUUGAAGAUGUUCCCUUGA